CUUCCUCAGGUCGUGUGCUCGAGUUGUCAAUGAUGGCUACUUCAUUGAAGCAAAUGCAGGCUGUCCAUAAGAACCUCGAGUGUCCUGUAUGCCUGAGUUUCUUCAAGGAACCCAAGAUCCUGACCUGCUCCCAUACCUUCUGCAAGGGUUGUCUUGAGACUCUCCUGGAGUCCCAUGGAGAGCUGUUGUGUCCUACGUGCAGGGAGGAGACUUCGGUUCCUGGUGGAGACGUGGGUAGACUGCAAACAAACAUAACAGUCAGAUCACUUGUUGAAGAUGUGAAGACCCAGGGCCAGGCCGGUUCCAACAGUAAUCAAGAAAACGAAUCAUUGCAAAGAAAAUGGAACAAAUGUCGAAAACAUCCGAACUACGAUGAAGAAUGUUUUUGUCUCAACUGUAACAAGUUUGUCUGCAGCAUGUGUGGCGUAUUAGAGCAUGCAAAGGAGGCUCACACUAUCGUGGAAGCAGGCGAACAUGAAACUGAGAAAAAGAAUCACGUCGAGGAACUUGCAUCUAAAGCGGAUGCAAAGAUACGCAACGUUGACAAAUAUUUUACUUUCGUUGAAGACCAGCGUAAAAGGAUGCAUAAAAUACAGGAACGACUCAAUGGCGAAAUAGAUGAAACUUUUGAGGAAUUAGUUGAGAAAUUGAAGGAAAGAAAAAGGGUGUUGAAAAAUGAAGUUGGGCAGAAGCUAGGGAAACUUAAGAUUUCAUUGGAAGACGUGGAGAAGUCGGUUCGUAAGCAGACAGACCAGAUUAAGAAGGUUCUUGACUUGGUUAAGAAUGGUCUUAAUUUUCCUCUCCAGACAGAGGCUCUGACCUCACACAAAGCGAUGUGUCAACAGCUGAAAGAGCUUCUGAACCGGAUAUGGCUAGAUGCAGAGCUGCCCAGAAGAACCACUGAGGAAGGUGAAAGAAUUGGCUUCAGGAGUCAGGGAUUGGAGGGACUCAAGUUGGGCCACCUAAGACAAAAGAAUUCUAAAUCAUGGGCUCUGCGCACGGAAGCUCCCUUGCCUGAUGAGAAAAGCAUGAGCGGGAUGGUAAUAUCACCAAACAAUGAGAUAUCUGUCGGUUGUCCCCAGGGAGGAAUAGUCAUAUAUUCUUCUAACGGCACCAUUCAAGAAACCAUUCUGAAAUAUGCUAACGUAGGGGCCUUACACGUCAUGCCUGAUGGUGGAUACGUCGUACGCGACACUCGACAUAAUAGAAUUUCCUUGUACACAGAGCUUUGUGACAAGCUUGAUAUAACGUUUGAGACAUGGGGUUAUGAGCAAGGUGGGGAUGGAGGUCUCACUGUAGGCAAGGAUGGGCUGAUUUUCGUAGGUUACGAUAAAUGCCAGAAAAUACAGGUAUUUAGACCAGAAGGGGGGAAGGCAAUAAGAGAGAUAAUGUGUAAGGGAUUUGUGCCAUGGCAUAUGUUUGCGAUGACAUCCAACCAAGCGAUUGUCGUUAGGAGUAUACGUACAUGUACACGUACAUGGACACGUCAAUAUCAGGUACAAGUGAUCAACGAUGUGUCUGGUGCUAUCAUUCAUAGCAUCAGCAAAGAUGAUGAUAUCCCUUACCCUGCUGUGUGUCAGGAUGAUUCAGUUAUCAUUGCAUGGGUGAAUCACUAUCCGGGUCUGCUGAGCAUCGACCAGUACACAAAAAAACUCAAAUACAUCAAAAACAUUCUUACUGAUUUCAAGAUAGCGAAUUCACUUGGUGGCUGCUUGCAAGCAUUCAAGACGGGAGAGAUUGCUUUUUGCACUGAUGAUAGGCUUUACAUCUUUCAUGAGACAUGGCAGUAA